AUGGACGUCCCCUCCUCUACCCCGCGACGUCUUCCCCCCAGAAAUCCCCCACAACAAAACUCCCCAUCCGCACCUAAACACAUCGCGGAUAUCUUCCCACCUACGCAGCCAGCCCCUUUACACAUCCGCUCAUCUCACAAUGAGAACUGGGAUCCUCAACCAACUAAUCAGGAGUUCACCCCCGGAACUCCAGUUGGUGGAAAUUCACUGAGCGAGAUAUUCGAUAGAUCGCUGCAGCUCAGCCCCACACCAUCCAGCAAACCCCAAGCUACUCCGUCGAAAAGGCAGCUGCAGGCUAUCCGCGAAGACAAUAAUGCAAACAACACCAAUAAUACCGGCGAUAAUAGUAUCAUAAAGUUGGAGGACCCAGGUGCCCAGAGGAGGCAUAAUAAGGAAAAUGCUCCGCCGAAGGAUGCUGCUCCCCUGCAGCCACAGCGCACUGGAGGGAAUACUGGUGGAUUACAUAGGAGUUAUGCGCAGAGGAGUGGAAGAUCCUAUGAUCCAUUUAGGGACAUGACUCUCGAUGAGAUUGAAAAGCUAUCGAAGCCGCAGGUAAAGAGAUUGAAAGAUGUUGCGCAUCUAUAUUUUUACGACUACUACUAUAACCUCGUAACCUACGUUCAUACCCGACGAAGUCGUACAGAGGAUUGGAAGGAAGCUCAUAAGAAUCUCACCCCUGAGGAACACAAGACUUCAUGGACUCGGUUUGCUGGCCGAGAGCGCGUUGCACUAAGGAAGCGUCGCACUAGAUUGCGGAAGGGAGAUUUCCAGGUUUUGACGCAGGUCGGCCAGGGCGGAUAUGGCCAGGUAUUCCUGGCUGAGCAUAAGGAAACUAAGGAAGUGUGCGCACUGAAGGUUAUGAGUAAGAAGCUGUUGUUUAAGCUGGAUGAGAUCAGGCAUGUCUUGACAGAAAGAGAUAUCUUGACUGCGGCAAAAAGUGACUGGCUUGUAAAGUUGCUGUAUGCAUUCCAGGACGAUCAGAGCAUAUAUCUUGCAAUGGAAUACGUACCUGGUGGUGAUUUUAGAACUUUACUCAACAAUACAGGAGUUUUGCAUUUCAACCAUGCCAGGUUUUACAUUGCAGAGAUGUUUGCUUCCGUCAACGCCCUACAUGAUUUGGGGUACAUUCACCGCGAUCUCAAACCCGAGAAUUUCCUUAUCGAUUCAUCUGGGCAUAUCAAACUCACCGAUUUUGGUCUGAGUGCGGGGAAGCUGAGCCCUCACAGGAUGGAAAGUAUGAAGAUGAGGUUAGAUCAGGUGAAGGAUAUGGACAUCCCUGCAAGGUCAACGCUAGAGAGGCGGAGGGCGUAUAGGACUCUCAGAGAUAGCGACAAGAAUUACGCAAAAUCCGUAGUAGGGUCCCCAGAUUAUAUGGCACCAGAAGUGCUUCGGGGCACGGAAGAAUAUGAUUUCACUGUCGACUAUUGGUCACUCGGGUGUAUGCUCUAUGAAGCACUGGCCGGAUACCCACCAUUCGCCGGAGCGACGGUCGAAGAAACGUGGCAUAAUCUCAAACACUGGAAGAAAGUUCUGCACAAGCCGGAAUAUGAGAAUCCGAACUACUAUCUUUCGAAACGUACUUGGGAUCUGAUAAUCCAUCUUGUUGCAGCACGAGAAUCCCGGUUCCAGGAUUUCAAAUCCGUCCAAGCACAUGCAUAUUUCUCAGAGGUGAACUGGGCCGAUCUUCGUGGGAAAGAGCCACCGUUUGUGCCGGAACUCGACAGUGAGACCGAUGCAGGCUACUUUGACGACUUUAGCAAUGAGGCCGAUAUGGCCAAGUACAAAGAAGUGCAUGAUAAGCAGACAGCGCUUGAAAAUAUGGAAGAGAGAAAAGAUGCGAUGAGCAAAGUUGCGUUUGUUGGGUUUACCUUCAAACACAAAAAACCGAACCUCAACAGCUUUGUGGAUUAUGCAGACGAAGGAGAUGGACAGUUCGGAACCAUCUUCUAA